UUCAUAUCAAGCAUGCAUUUACUUUAAAGGCUGCUCUGACAGCAUCGCGUCUCUGUCCAAGCGUGUUAACCAAGUGGAUUUACAAAGAUAGUUUUUAAUUUUUUUAUUGCAUUUUCAUGUUUAAAACACAUCUUACAUAGCCUAUUCAAUUAUUUGGAUUCCAUAUCUGAAUAUAUAUUGCCAGUCAAUUUAUCUUUAUUAUGCGUGUUUACCAGGGUACUCAACUAUUUGUGAUUUCCUCUGGGCAACUCACGUGUUACAAAUGGGCGGAUUCGAUACAAACGACUGCAACGUUUGUUAGAAAUGUCAAAUUUAGCGUUUGGAUAGAAACCUCAAAGGAAGAGGUGUUGAAGACGGAUGUAACCCAAUGACCAAUGUCGCGAGUGGUAACGAACGGUUUGCCCAGUCAUUUGUGAUUUGACAAAUGUUUCUCCCAACAUUGUGACAGGCUAGUUGUAUUUUCUUUCCUUGAGACGUGCUUUGGAUUCCUCUACUACCUUCAACGAUUUGGACCAGUAGCCUAAUUACCGGGCAGAAACCACGGGGACAUGGGGACUCAGGGCACAGGACGUAAAAGAAAUCCCAUUAAGGACAGGUCGACGGCCGAGGAUGAUACCCUUAAUCUCAUUGCAAGAGAGGCAGAGGCCAUGCUUGCUCUGAAGAGGGCGGCCAGGGCAGAGGCCAGAGAAAUCCGUAUUAAGGAGCUGGAGAGACAACAGGAGGAGAUCUCAGAUGAUGAUGAGCAGAUGUCGGUGGGCAGCCGAGGCAGUGUGAGGGUGGAGGACAGAGAUUUCCUGGAAAAGGGAUCUCAAUCUGCUUCCACCCUAACGGCAGCUACCCUCGCUUCACUCAGCGGGUCUUCCUCCCGGAGAGGAAGUGGCGAAUUGUCGAUGACUGGCGACACAGACACCUCCAUACUAGAGAUCAAGGAUUCCCUUGUGGAGGUGGAGGAAAAGUACCGCAAGGCCAUGGUGUCCAACGCCCAGCUGGACAAUGAGAAGAACAACCUGAUGUACCAGGUAGAUAGGCUGAAGGACUCGCUCAUGGAGCUGGAAGAGCUGCUGGCCGAGUCACGCCGCGAGUAUGAUGCAAAGACCAAGGACUUUGAGUGUGAGAAACAUGCCUACGGCGUGCUCCAGUUCCAGUUCAACGUGAUGAAAGAAACGCUAAAACAGAGCGAGGAGUUACUAACGGAGAUCUGUCAGUUGCGUCUCAAGCAGGACAGCUUUGUUAGGGAAAUAUCUGACCUGCAGGAAACAGUAGAGUGGAAGGAUGAAAAGAUUGAGGCCUUAGAGCAACAAAAGGAGUAUUUGGACGCCGUCAAAAAUGAGCGAGAUGAGCUCAGGGAUGAGCUGGUCCAGCUGAAAGAUAUUCUGAAGAAACAUGGAAUUGUCCUCGGACCUGACCUGACCACCAAUAGGGAAAACGUGGAGAUGGUAACUGAAAGGUCAGCUAGUAGAGAUCCAGCUUAUCAAUUGGCUCAGGACUCCAAGACGUCACCCACGGAAGGGGGGAACAUCAUGCUCGGCAGAGCUCAGGAUAUGGAAUUGGGAAGUAGAGGAGAUAAGAUGGUGGAUCCAGGAAGGUCCAGGCAGCAAGUGGAAACGCAUGAGGCGGUUCAAGAGAACCAUCUGACCUCGCCCACUCCCUGUAGCCUCGCUGGUGUUUCUGAAACCAAAAUUUCUAUGGAGGCUCGUCCAUGCUCGCCCAAAUUGGGGGAUGAGGUUGAGAUUGAAUGCAGUAAUGUCAACAAAGACUCUGACAAUGGCAUACUGGUAGUAGAGGUCAAGCAUGGACCGGUUUGCGAUUCUGAGGUAAUUGUUCCUGAGGAAGAGCUUACAGAAGAGGGGGAGGAAUACAAACCAGCAGGCAUGGAGGGGACAGUGCAAGGGAGAGUAGAGGCCACAAACAAAUGGGAAAUGGGAAUAAAAGAUUACAAGGCAUAUGAUAUGGAGGCCAAAGUCACCAAGAGUAGUGAUCACACAAAAGAGCCUACCUCAGAAUAUGGUGCAUUAGCUGAACAAGAUAAUAUAGCAUUGAGGAAAGCGGUUGUGAAAAGUAUAGACUCAUGUCCUCACCCUAGGGAAACCAUUGAGGACACCAUACAAAAUGGCACACAGAUUAGCCCAGGGACUGACCAUGAUAUUAGUAAGAGCGCAAUAAAAUCAGAAUGUAAGCCUCAACCUAAGCUUCAGAAAACAAAGGCAGAAGCGUUAUCAGAGACAACUGACACUCAGCCACAGGCCCAAGGAGGCAAGAAGAAGAAGAAGAAGAAAGGCAAGAAGGGAGAGAGUCAAGGUGAUGAAAAGCAGGAAGACUAUAAGAAGAGCACAACAGAAAAGGGUGUAGUCUCCAUGAAAAAUAGCACACAGAUUCCCCAAAGGACAAACCUUGAUACUACUAAGAGCCCAGUCGAAUCAAAGGCUGAAGUGUUGCCAGAGGCCACUGAUAUGCAGCCACAGGCCCAAGGAGGCAAAAAGAGGAAGAAAGGCAAGAAGGGAGACGAUAACAAGAGGAGCAAAACAGAAAAGGAUGUGGACUCAGUCUCAACAGAUAAGGAGCCAGUAGUGGAGGAAGUUAUCACAAUAGAGACACAGGAGCUUCUAGAGGAAGGGACCGGUAGUUUACCAAAUCGAGAACUCCAAAGCCCUAAAGAAAAAGCACAAACCAUAGCUGAGGGAGGGAACCUGAAGGAAGAAGAACAACAACUAGCAGAGGGCCGAGUAGAGGUUAAGAGUGAGGAGCCUCCCAUUGAAACCCCAGAAGUAGCUCUGACGGACCAAGCCAAGAGUGAGGAAGUUGUCAAAAAGGACAACCAAAAACCUUCCAUGGAAUCAGAAGGCGAGAUAUCAGUAUUAUGCCAUGAGUGCGACAUUGGUAUCCUGGAUCCUGUUAACCAGCAAUAUAUAACCAAUUGUGUAACCAGUGCUGAUAACCCUAAAGAGAAAUUAGAAUCCACAACAAAUACUGGUACCCAAAAAGACGAGUCAGUGUACACAACCAACCCUGAUAACUUUGUAGACUGCCUGAACUCUUCAGCUGACCCGAAAUGUCCAUUGGACUUGAAAGAGUCCACUGCUGAGAAUUCAAACAAUGUCAAAGAAGAUGCAAUCAAGGUCUCAGUUGAUGAGACUCAAACAAUCCAAGACACAAAGGCUGAGGGAAUUAACUUUCACAGUCGCAUAUUUCUAAGAACGGCGCUCGAGAAGAGCAUGGUACCUGAAGACCUUAUCGCCAAUGAUGGUGUCAUUACUCACCCAGAGCAUGUUACCGAAAAUGCCAUAAAAUACCUGAAAGUGGAAGGUCAGGAUGAACAAAAUGGGAGCCCAGAUGAGUGUAAAAAUGCACUUGAACAUAAAGACAUUUCCAUAGCAUUACCAGCAAGUGUAGAUAAAUGCAAAAAUGUAUCAGGAGAGAACUGUGGCACAUCGCUCGACAGCAACUGCCCUGCUGCUGAGACCAUAAGACAGCCUGAACAAUUGAUGGAUCUACCUGGUUGUCCAGUCGCUGACGAGCACUUAGAUGACAACAACGAGCCAGUUACACUUGAUGAAGAAAAGGCAUCAAAUGGAGGGAUCUCCACAGAGACCGAGCUGAAUGAUACAGAAACACGACUACAGGACCCUGUAAAAGAAACUCUGGAGACAAUUGACUCUUUUAGGGAACAGGGAUACAUAGAAAGCAAACCAUUCACUAUGGUGGCCGACGCAGAAGAGCAAGACGAUCCCAUUGAGACCAAGCUGGAGGGUAACAAGGUACCUGGACCCAGUGAGCAGGGGAAUGAUGAGGGGGACGAUGAUAUUGAUGAGGGUCAAUCGUUUGACUUUAACGACCUAGAUUCGGUGGUUUCUGCAAAUGUGUUUCCAGUAACAUCCCAAGAGGUCAGCCAGGAGGUAAGAAUGAUGGAAGGCAACAAAAUGGAGGUAGAGCCAGGUAGAGAGAAGGUAAUCAAGGAAGAGGAAGACUGGGACAAGUCAACAGGAAAACCGCAGGGCACAGUAGAGGGAGUUAGCACAAUAGUGGCAAAGCAGCCACUUGAACGGGGGUCAGAUAGUGCACCAGAAUAGCUCCGAAGCCCUGAAGAAAAAGCACAAACCAGAGUUGCAGGCCAGAAUGCCAAUGAAGAACAACUAAUCACUUAUUUGUGUAAUAUACGAACAGAAAGACAUUGCAGAGGGAGUGUGUGUCUGAACAACAAUGUGUAGGUGAGAGGCUGCAGAAUGCAACAGAGGUAGGGGCUUUGCCAGUAGAGGAGGAAAAUCCCGUAUGGGUCAAAGUAGGGUAGAAGAGAGCAUAGUCAAAGCAAUCUAGGUCAGGCUCGAAAAAGGGCAGUAAGAAAGGAAAAGGCAAGGGGAAAGAGGAGGACUGACGAAUGACCUAGUUUUUUAGGUCUGCCCUCAAUAGAAACUACAAAUAUUUAUGAGUUGCAAGAUGACAUGGCGUUAUACCCUGGGUCAUUCUGGACAGAAUGAGCUUAUGUUUAUUGUGAAGCAAAUUUGCCAGGGCACACGCACCUUAAUUCAGUCAUGACUCCUUUCUACGUGCACCAAAGUUUCUCUGAAUUGCCUUGUGAAAGCCUAACACUGUGAAAUUGUAUUUUAUAACUUAGCCUGUGUGAUGGCGGAGAUGAAGUGUUGUGUUCCAAAUGAAACAACUACAAGUGUACUUACUCUAGUUCCUCAACGGCACAGCUAGGAGAACUCCAAAAAGUACCUUUUGUAGUUGAAGACUCGUCUUUGUGUCAAGUGCAUUGGAAAUUGCUUAGGAACCGUGCACACUUUGGAGAGGUGUAUGGCCACUUCAAAUUAUAUUUAUUAGUCACAUACACAUGGUUAACAGAUGUUAAUGCGAGUAACGAAAUGCUUGUGCUUCUAGUUCCGACCAUGCAGUAAUAUCUAACAAUUUCGAAACUCCGAGACAAUGGAUAACACCAGUUAGUCCUCUCACUCAAACCCUUGUCAUUUUUUUAGUCUUAUGUUGCACCUACCCCACAUUCUCCAGGAAUAGUCUAAUGUUACUGAAUUCGUUAACGAAUGCGGCAAAAAGUACAGUAAAUGUAAAAUGCACAUAAAAUCAGUGUAAUGUUAGGAUUCAGUAUUGUCAGUUGUGUACUCACCUUUUGGUCUAAUAAUUGUCCCAUCUCAACUGUUCCUUUUCAAUUGCUACCAUGGUUAUGCAUAUGAUUUCUUCUGUAAGAAACGUUUCAUUUAUCCCUAUCCAUAUAGGACAAUUCCCACGAGUGUAAAGGGUUACAUAAUUAUUAUGUUUUUAGGUGAAAUGCUGUGCAGAAUCAUCUAUAAUUGUCUUGAGAUGUUGUUCUAUAUUAUCUUGAAUAGAUGUUAAUGUGCAUGACAUCCUGUAGAUCAACAUGGGUAAAAUGAAGUUGAGUAGACAAUAUUGCAGCGGAUUAUAUAUUUAUUUUGUUAUUUCUUUAAACUAUGCUUAUGUCCCUGUAUUAUUGUCCUUUAUAUUGUACAAUGCGUUUUCCUAUGUGAAAUGCACCAUUAGUGUUUUCCAGGUGUUUUUUUUUUUUGCUUAAGUGCUUUGGGAAGUUGGUCAUAAAAUGGGAUGGGUAAUCUUACCAUGCAGACUUUUUCCCCAAAUAAGCAGUAACUCAACUGAUUCAACUAAGAAAGCUAGUUGUAGUAGUUGAUAAGUUGAAUCCAUCAGAUGCGUUACUGCUUGCCUGGAACACAUUGGCCCUGGCAGGGUACAUCUCCCAUACUCUCCUAUAAGCACCUAUAUAAUGUAAUAAUAUUGAUUUGAUUUUUUUUUUGAAUGACUUAUUUCUUCUUUUUUCAUCUAUUCAAGGGAUGGUGUUAUGUCAAUGCAUGAUAAAGCAUCUAUAUAUUGUGUAAUUACCACGAGAAACAAAUGCUGUAGCAAUUAAUUGCACAUCAUUUAUUGUAAUACCUUUACUCUUCGCAGCGUCAAAAUGUUACCCAGAACUAAAAAAAUAUAUUUACUAGCUUUGGUGGUAUGGUUAGGAAAAAGCGUUUGAUGAAGAAAAAAACGAACAGAUGCGGUUGUCUCAAGACUCUCAUGCCAUAAAAUAAUUGGCUGAAAAAUCCUCCUUGAUACAAGUCAAUUCCAUGUAGGCUAUGUCAGGUGAAAUCCAAGCCCUGGGCUAUUACUGUAUGUGCAAACUGUAAAAAUGCAUUGUGUUUAGUAUACAGUGCAUUCGGAAAGUAUUCAGACCCCUUUAUUUUUCCCACAUUUUGUUAUGUUACAGCCUUAUUCUAAAAAAGAAUGUCCCCUCAUACAAUACCCCAUAAUGACAAAGCAAAAAUAUAUUUUUCAGAAAUGUUUGCAAAUGUAUUAAAAUAAAAAAUUUAGUAUUCGGACCCUUUAUUCAGUACUUUGUUGAAGUACCUUUGGCAGCGAUUACAGCCUCGAGUCUUCUUGGGUAUGACGCUACAAGCUUAGCACACCUGUAUUUGGGGAGUUUCUCCCAUUCUUCUCUGCAGAUCCUCUCAAGCUCUGUCAGGUUGGAUGGGGGAGCAUUGUGUCAUGGAAAUUCUAAUCAAUAAUGAGGAGAGACCAAUCAGGAUAUUACUUUAUUCAAUACGUAUUAAUAACACAGAUGAAUUAUUGCAAUAAUGAAGCAGGUCGACGACCCACCCGUAGGUUAUUCGUUAAGAGCCCAACGAGCAGAUUUGAUCCACAGCAUUUUAUAGCAAAGUACAUCCUCCUGAAUGUUCAUGACAAACAACAGAUGUAUGGAAUGGGUCACAAGGUUAGGAUCUGUAUGAACGAUACUAAUAAUUUACAGCAGGCAGUAUCUGCUGUAAAGACUGUUCUCAUUGUGUAGAAACCCAUACCCAAGCCAUCUCUCCAUGGUACCUUCCAGUCAAACCGUAGUCAUCUCCCUCACAUGAAUGGAAUAUGGGCUAAGGCAUUGUAAACCUACUGGAAGCAUUUUGCCCCAGCGGCCCAAUUUUAGAAGACCACGCACAGAUGAGUGUUCCAAAAACCCCAUUCUAAUCCAUAAAACAACCAUUUGAAGCAAUAACAGCAUUAUAACAAUCUUGUAAUUUCGCUAUCACAGUCGCUGCACGGCUAUUUUCUGGUCUCUCCAGAGAUGUUCAAGUCCAGGCUCUGGCUGGGUCACUCAAGGACAUUCAGAGACUUGUCCCGAAGCCACUCCUACAUUGUCUUGGCUGUGUGCUUGGGGAUGUUGUCCUGUUGGAUGAUGAACAUUCGCCCCAGUUUGAGGUCCUGAGAGGUCUGGAGCAUGUUCUCAAAGUAUCUCUUUGUACUUUGCUCCGUUCAUCUUUCCCUCGAUCCUGACUAGUCUCCCAGUCUCUGCCGCUGAAAAACAUCCCCACAACCUGAUGCUGCCACCACCAUGCUUAACCGUAUGGAUGGUGCCAGGUUUCCUCCAGACGUGAUGCUUGGCAUUCAGGCCAAAGAGUUCAAUCUUGGUUUCCAGAUAAUCUUGUUUCUCAUGGUCUGAGAGUCUUUACGUGCCUUUUGGCAACUCCAAGCGGGCUGUCAUGUGCCUUUUUUACUGAGGAAUGACUUCCGUCUGGCCACUCCACAGUAAAGGCCUGAUUGGUGGAGUGCUGCAGAGAUGGUUGUCCUUCUGGAAGGUUCUCCCAUCUCCACAGAGGAACUCUGACAAGCUCCAGUCUGCCCAUCGGGUUCUUUGUCACCUCCCUGACCAAGGCCCUUCUCCCCCGAUUGCUCAGUUUGGCCGGGCGGCCAGCUCUAGGAAGGAUCUUGGUGAUUCCAAACUUCUUCCGUUUAAGAAUGAUGGAGACCACGGUGUUCUUGGGAACCUUCAAUGCUGCAGACAUUUUUUGGUACCCUUCCCCAGAUCUGUGCCUUUACACAAUCCUGUUUUGGAGCUCUAUGGACAAUUCCUUCGACCUCAUGGCUUGGUUUUUGCUCUGACAUGCGCUGUCAACUGUGGGACCUUUAUAUAGACAGGUGUUUGCCUUUCCAAAUAAUGUGCAAUCAAUUGAAUUUGCCACAGGUGGACUCCAAACAAGUUGUGGUAACAUUUCACGGAUGAUCAAUCGAAACAGGAUGCACCAGAGCUCAAUCUCGAUUCUCAUAGCGAAGGGUCUGAAUACUUAUGUAAAUAAGGUAUUACUGUUAUUUUUCAUUAAUUUGCAAACAUUUCUAAACCUGUUUUCGCUUUGUCGUUAUGGGGUAUUGUUGGUCGAUUUGAUGAGGGCAACAUUUUUUGAAAUCCAUUUCAGAAUAAGGCUGUAGCAUAACAAAAUGUGGAGAAAGUCGAGGGGUCAGAAACGUUCCGAAGGCACUGUAUGCCAUGUGCUGAAUUCAUAUAAUGAUAUGACUGCUAGACAAGUUGUACACAGUGUAAGAAUAUGAAUCCUUUGUUAAUCUCUGGUCUAAAUGUUUCUUCAUGUGCACUUUUUGUAAGGAAAUACCUUGACCCUUUUCCUUAAUGAAUAAAGUAAGUCAUUACCAGC